AAUAAAAAUUAAAUUACUAAAGGGGAAAAAUAAAAAACCCUAGAGUUCUGUUUCCUCUCUGGGAAAGUACCACCACUCUGACAAGUCUACGGCCGAGAUUUUUCAGCGUGCUCCCCCCAAUCUCCAUUUCGAAGUCUCUUCAGAUUCUCCGAUUGACUGUAAUCGAUUGAUGGCGGAGGCGUCGGGGUCGGGGUCGGCGGCGGCGGUUGAUAGGAACGGCGGCGAUCGGAGCGAGACGAGCGAUUACACUUCCGAGGACGAGGGGACUGAGGACUACAGACGCGGCGGCUACCACGCGGUGCGGAUCGGUGAUACCUUCAAACACGGGAGAUAUGUUGUUCAGAGCAAGCUUGGAUGGGGCCACUUCUCCACCGUCUGGCUAGCUUGGGACACACUGAAAUCAAUGUACGUAGCUUUGAAAGUUCAGAAGAGCGCACAACACUAUACCGAAGCAGCAAUGGAUGAGAUCACCAUUUUAAAGCAGAUUGCCGAGGGAGAUCCUGAAGAUAAUAAAUGUGUGGUGAAGCUUUUGGAUAACUUCAAGCAUUCGGGUCCAAAUGGACAACAUGUCUGCAUGGUGUUCGAAUACUUGGGAGACAAUCUAUUGACUUUAGUCAAGUAUUCGGACUACAAAGGCAUACCCAUUCACAUGGUUAAAGAAAUAUGUUUCCACAUUUUAGUGGGGUUGGAUUAUCUGCACCGUCAACUGUCAAUCAUACACACGGAUUUAAAGCCAGAAAACGUACUACUUAUGUCAAUGAUAGAUCCUGCUAAAGAUCCGAGAAGAUCAGGUGCACCCCUUAUACUCCCAUCCAGUAAAAGCAAGAUUGUUUCCGAUUCCGAAACAUCUAAAGAUGCUGGUAAGGGUUCGUAUGGUGAUAUGACCAAGAACCAAAAAAAGAAAAUUCGUAAAAAGGCUAAGCGAGUGGCUCGGAAGAUUGUUGGUAAAGAUGAGGCUGAGUGUGAUGACGAGGCCAGUGGACCGGAAGAUUCUCACAGGGAUGCUAAGCCGAACGGAGAGUCAACUGAAGCAGUAAAUGGUUCAUGUGAUGGAACGAAGGGGCACAAGAGAGGAAGCAAGUCGGCUAGGCAGAAGCUCUUGGCUGAGGUUGAACUGAAAUGCAAAUUAGUGGAUUUUGGAAAUGCGUGUUGGACGUAUAAACAGUUUACUAGUGAUAUACAAACGAGGCAGUAUAGGUGCCCCGAGGUUCUUUUAGGAUCGAAGUACUCCACAUCGGCAGAUAUGUGGUCGUUUGCUUGCAUUUGCUUUGAGCUGGCUACGGGCGACGUUCUUUUUGAUCCACAUAGUGGCGACAACUAUGACCGUGAUGAGGAUCAUUUGGCGCUGAUGAUGGAGCUUCUUGGAAUGAUGCCUCGCAAGAUUGCCUUGGGUGGCCGUUAUUCGCGCGAAUUCUUCAAUAGAUUCGGAGAUCUGAGGCAUAUAAGAAGAUUAAGAUUCUGGCCUCUGACUAAAGUUCUUGCAGAAAAAUACGAGAUACCCGAGCACGACGCAACCGAGAUGGCAGAUUUCCUUAUCCAGAUUCUUGAUUUUGUACCCGAUAGAAGGCUGACAGCAGCACAGUGUCUUAAUCAUCCGUGGAUAAGCGGAGUCCCUCGCCAGGUGUCGUCGCCUUCUCGUCAACUCAAGGCCGUUGAAAAUGGUGGGCCCGGAGAGAAAACAGAGAAGGACGAGAGGGAGGCUAUGGAAGCCAGAGUCGGCAGCAUAGUCAUCGAUGGUGCAACAAAACCUGGAAACGAAAUUAAACCUGUGGUGGCUAGCCCCGUAAAACAAUGAUGGGAUUUUUGUAUGGUGGUAUUUACUGUUACCGGUUGGUUUUUGUUUGGACUGAAAUUGUAUGGUAUUUUUCAUGGAUCUUCAUGUAACAGACAAAUUCUUUGUUCCCCUCUAAUUAGAUAUGAGGAUGUUUUUUUUCUUUGUUCAAUUCUUUGUGGUUAUUAAUGGUUUGUGACAUACAGUUAUAAUACACGAUUGCACU